AUGCCAACGGCAACCAUUCAUCCUGAAGCUCUUGGUGAAACAUCUUCGCUCAUUCGACCAAGAGGAGCGCGUACUAAUCAACGCUGGCCUGGAAAUACUUAUGGUGUUGAAGAUCGACCUUACCUCCUUAUCCCGUACCGAUUCAGAAACGGAGCUCAUACUUCCAUUGCUGAUGCCCAACGAAUCAUUGCUGAGUCUCUCGAUUUGAUAACAGCUGAUGUUGGUGGGUGCAUUCGAUUUGUUGACGACAGUGAAGCUCAAGCUCACUCUCAUUGGAUCGAUUUUCAAGAUGAUGAAAAUGAUGGCUGCAAGUCAUACAUCGGUUAUCACGGCGAUGAUCCAUCGUUCCCUAAUGGCCAAAGAAUCAACCUUGCAUCAGGUUGCCUAAGAAGCGACGUAGUCAACCAUGAAGUGCUGCAUGCGCUUGGAUUUGAUCAUGAACAUGAAAGACCCGAUCGAGACGAUCAUUCUAUCAUGCACUACGACGCUUUUUCAUUCCAAACGAUUGAAGCUGCGGUAGAUGAAUUACCAACUAUCACGAAUCUGGAUGGAGACCCUGUCCAAUGGCCAGAAGUUGAACGACUCUCAUCAACAGACGUUUUUCAGCUUGCAAAAAUGUACGAAGGCUUUUGUGGUCAACCAGGAGAGGAAUUUAUAAAGGUCCGAUCUUGUAACAGUGGUGCUGAGUAUCUCGAAAGCCGACUUUGUGACGGAAUAAAAGACUGUGCCGACGGAUCCGAUGAAGAACUAGCUUUCUGCGAUGAAUAUUGCGAACCAGAAACCUUCUAUGUUUCUGAAAAUGGCUGUUACAAGAAUGGACUGGCGCUUAUUCAAAAGUAA